AACGUUACGUUAAAACUGUGGCCUAACAAAAUCGUGCUGAUGGAAUUACCAUUUUAACUCUUCUUAUCUGACGUAGCAUGACGGACAAGACAUUACAGAAUGCGGGGCGGUGACGCUUAGGUGUCAUUGGCGAAACGAGCGGUCGAAUAUUUGGAGCUUAAUGCAGACAUGAAAAAAACUAUGAUCUUAACUUGUGCAUGAACGGAUAAGCAUCUUCUAAAUAAAUUAUUGUGGGAGGUAUAUCAUACUGAUUUAUAUGUUUUAUAUUGUCAUUAAAUGGAUGCAAUGAUUCGGAAUUAAGUUAGUUUCUCUCUACCAGCGGAUAUUAACGGGAAAAAAUUGGUAUCCAGACCAGACGCAAGAGCCAUGAAUAUCAUAUACCUCCUUGUUUUUGUUAUUAUUUCAUUGUCAAAUGUCUACACACAAGAUCCUCCUCCAGUUUUCGACCUCCCACCUCCACCACCGUUAGAUUCACCAGUCAAAGAUACGGGAAAUCAGCAGCCUGAAACUGAUAAAAGCACAAUAGCAGUAGAUACUGUAAACAAUGAAUCCUCAAUGCCAAAGGACACAGUGAAAAACAAUGAAACGGCGGAGCUAGUUCCAUCUACUGAUUCUAGUUCUGCAACAAACGAUUCAAUUAUUUCUACCUCUGGUACAAACUCUGAAGGCAAUUUAACUUCUGAAGGAGCAAAUGAAAACAUUAAUACAACUGUUUCUACCGAUACAAAUUUGACUCCUGAUACAUUAUCUAAUAUUACUAGUAUAAUAUCGGACGGAAACGAAAAUAAUAUUAAUAAUUUGACAAAAUCUGUUACUGAAGAUACGUCUGCUGGAGAUGUACGAUCUUUGCCAGAGUCAGUAUUAAAUGGAGCAAACAAUACGACGGGCAUAUUAGAUGAAAAUAUAAUAUUCGAUGCUUUAAAUGAUACAAAUGUUUUAAUAGAUAAAAUAAAUGAAAAUGCUACAUUACAUGACAAGUCAACAUCUUUCGAUUUGUUGAAUGCCACAACAGACCAAAUGUUACCUGUAACGGAAAAUACCAAUGUACAAAAUUCAUUAACUUUUAGCCUAGAUGGAAUUAUUGAUAUAAAUAAUCCAGGUCUAGCAUCCAUUGAUUUACCACCACCGGUCGAUUUGCCACCGCCUCCGAUAGGUUCUGACCCUGCACUUGAACCAAGUGUCAGUUUAAGUGACACAGGAACUAAUAUGUCUGAUACCUUUCCUCAGAUUGAUAUGAACACUACAUUUUCUGUAGACACAAACGGCACAAGUGCAAAAAAUAAAACAUAUAUUGAUAAAGUUGACAUUUAUAUAGAUCCCGAUACAGGUAAUAUGAAUAUGACACAUACACCUGUGGAAUCGAUUGGAACGGAAUCAGUUCUAAGAAACCCCGUUGAUGUUCCACCCGUUCCGGUUCCUAUUGAUCUGCCGCCUCCACCCGUAGAAAAGCCGUCUGUUGAUUUCAUAGAAUCUCAAGGUUCUACAACCAUCGAAAUUUCGGAUCUUUUUGGUGAGUUAGGAUCCUUAGAUAAAUCUUCGCCUCCGAUGAACAUUGCUGACCCCGAUACAACAACAGCCGGAAUGACCCAAUUUAACCCUGAAGUUCCAGUAAAUGUGCCAGGAUUAGAAUCAACUACUGAAACGCCGAUUGAUAUGUUUGCAACACCGUCAUCAUUUUUGGAUUACGUCACUUCGACGUCACCACCUGCAACGAUAGAACCAGAACAAAGAAGACACAUGCCAGAGACAGGUGAGCAUCUACCUUCGAUGGAUCACCCCCCUCCCAUUUUCUCAGGCGGAAGUAGGCCUUCGGUUUAUACUGAUCAAUACGGUCCACAUGACGGCAGUUUCCCAUAUGUUGAAACAACUACAAAAAGAAUGCAAACAGUUACAAAGGAAGCCCCGCCGCCACCACCAAUUAAGGUACCAACCCGCCCUAAUAGACGUACAAAUUGGCACAGCAUUGCAACAACUAUGUCACCUUAUUCAUGGAGGUCUACAACUACUACCUUACACCCGCGUCACAUGAACGUUGCAGAGUUAGCAGCAUAUGCUCUUAAAAUGACGAACCAACAGAAAAAGUUAACGAAAGAACCUUCGCAAGGAAUCCAUGUUUUCUUUCCUUCUGGCCAAGAAGCAACUACGACACAACCAACAACAACAUAUAAACCGGCAUACAUUCAACGAGAUACCGCAAAACAAAAGGAUUUGCGAUCAAAUGCUUUCAUUGAGUAUCUACGAAAAAGGUACGGUAUCAGUAAUAUUGGAACAACACCUUCAUAUGUAGCAGCAGUAAGAAAACCCGUUUCUUAUCAGUUGCAAAAGGCAGGUGGUCAACCUAAAUUUUUUGAUGCGCAAUACCUUUUAUCUCAUUUAACUGAAACUACGACACAGAAACCGACAAUGAAGAAUGUAUUUGACUCUAAUUAUUUUAGAUCACAGUUGGAUAUCGGACAUUCUAAACCUGUACCUCAAAGACUAUAUAUGACAACAAUAAAACCAUUCACUACGACAAGACAUUUCUUUGAUUCAAAAUACUUAUUGUCACAUCUUGACGAAUUGCAGCAACCAAAGCCUCGUCUACAACCAAAUCUACCUCCUACACCACCAAUGACAUCUUUGUCGAAACUUCUACCUCAAAACAGAGACUUGCAAAAUCAAAACAAAGUUCAGGAUGCCCUUCAAGUUUGGAUGAAUGAUAUGAGUGUAAAACCAAACGCCGUGUCACGAAUUAACUCCGGACAAAAGCUAUCUGGAACAACAGUUUUGAAGGAACAAAGACAAGGGCAAAUAGACACGAGACCAAUUGAUCUUAAAUCAAACAUACAGCCACAAUCUAUCAUCAAUUAUAAUGUAAACCCAAAGAAAACGCCACAAUUUGCAGGAUAUACAACUGCAAAAUUCAAACCAGUUGUCUAUGGUAAUAAACCAGUUUCGAGAGCCCAAUCAAGCUCAGGUCUUAGCUUAAGAGAAAGAUUCAACAGGAAGUGGUAUCACCCAGAGAAACAAACACCAUCAACAACACCAUUGCAAACAAGAACAAAUAAUAUGAAUCAACAACCUAUUAGAAAUAUAAAUAUAAGAUUUGAAGAACCAAUGAAUAAAAAACAGUUCAAUACUGCACCACAAUCCCAAGUAAAUGCCUUACAUGGUACGGGAAGCAACGUUAAUAAUGCAUUACAGAACACUGCUACUAACCGUGAUUUAUCUAUACAGCACAAUAGUAUUGAACUUCAAAGGAAAAUCAUAAAACAGCAAGAAGAAAAGCUGAGGCAACAGCAACAACAACUCAAAGAGCAACAAGAGAUGUUGCGUUUACAGAGAGAACAAUCUAAUAAACAAGCUUACCAGAAUGAUAAUUUACAGAGCACAAAAACGCUUUUUAAAACUUCAGAAAAAGAUCGUUUACGUUUACUCCAACUGCAACAAAGUCAAAACAAAAAUGUUCUGUUACAGCAACAACAACGACUAGAAGCACAGGAACGGUUACGUAGACUACGACAGCAAGAGUUAGAGGAACAGAAGCAACAAUUUUUACGUAAACAGCAAGAGCAAGCUCGUUUACAAUUACUGCUGCAACAACAACAGCAACAACAACACAAUCAGCAGUUAUUAUUUAAACAGCAAGAACAAGAACAAUUACUCCAACAACAAAACAACCAAAGAGAUCUUCUUAACCAGCAAGCACGUGAACGUUUGUUGCAACAGCAAAAACGGCAACUUGAACGACAAAAAGAGCAAGAACUACUCAGAAAUCAGCAAAUUGAUCGACAGAAUAACCAAUUCCCUCUAGCCUCUAGAAUUGGACAAUCAACGAUUCUUCAAAGUAAAGAGAUAAACAGUAGAAACAUGUAUCACACAUACCAACCAAACGUACAACUGUCAAGUAUUCAGAUUUUUAAGGCGCCUGCGAUGUUGAGAAGAAGAAAAAAUCGUGAAAAGAAAGAAUCUGUUCCACAAACAUCCCAAACCCAUUGGCAGGCGCCCACUGAAUUACAUAACUUACAUGGACAUUUAUCGGUGCCAUACAAUAUAAAUUUUUUGCCAGAAGUUCGAACAACACAGGCGACACCCACACCAAGGAUAUCGUUAGCUACUACCCAAGUGCCAAUUGUUUACAUUCAAACAAUACCAACUACAACAAUGAAACCGAUAACAUCUUCACCAAGACCUACGCCACCAGCAACCGCGGAUCCUAAUCCUCCACCUAUAUUCGACACUAAGGUCCGCCAUACUUUUAUGCCUAUGCCGAAGAUUGAUCCUACUACAAGGGCACCGAGAUCAGCAGAAAAUGUUAGUGGUUGGGAUAGUGGACAGGGAAACAAUAAGAAAAUCAACAUAAACAUGGAUGAACGUUGCAGAGGAUGUGUGUUUGUAAAUGACCGUUGCCUUUUACCGGAUCCUGUACACUGUCAUUUUUAUAUUGAAUGUGUGAAACAUGGUGCUUCUGUCCGCGCUUUCAGUCGUGAAUGUGCACUUGGAUCAUUUUUUGACAGGAGGUCCUUCCUUUGUGUAGAUCCCAAAAAUGCUGAUUGUCCAACAGACCGUUGCCGAGUGCCAGGAACAAAAUGGUAUGCCAUUCAUGGUCAUUGCAAGCACUACUGGUCAUGUGGUUCUCGCGAAGGCGGUGGGGUAUUCGCACAAAGUGAGUGUUGUCCUGAAAUGGGCGGAUUUGUCGAACCUGUCGGAUGUGUCGAGAACCCAAAUUGCACAGACACAUGUUCGAGUACAAUCAUGAAAGACGGCCCAACAGGCUGCCAACUGCGAAAAACAGCGUCCCCAACAGUUUAUUUUGACGGAAAUGCAAAUAUUGAGCGUCCAUGCGCACCCGGAACAUUGUUCAAUGAACGUGCAUGCACGUGCGUGCAAGAUGUGUCAUAUGAGCGCAGUGAAAACAAGCCCGGAGCUACCUCCUGUUUACCAAUGUUAUCAUUAACGUUUGAUGGCGGCAGCAUGGAGGACUCGUCCAAUACCAAGCAACAUAUAGGAGUAGAUGGAGUGUCAGCCACACGGGAAGGAGAGGCUCUUUACAACGGCGGUGGGCGACUAGUUUUAUGGCGAUAUGCAAAUCUAAUGUUUCCUAUCGUUUAUGCUAUAAGGUUUAGAUUUUUCAGUACAACACCAACACCGAGGAGGCAGAUAAUUUUCUCCAAUUGUGACACUAAAGGAGGACAGGAACCAUCUUUGGAAAUUUCCUUAGACACAGUGUAUAAUGAAGUUGUCUUUAAGAUAGACACGUAUGAGGGACCUUCGAAGAGAUUCACAAUAAUAUAUCAGCCAAGUAAAUGGACAAAUGUAGAUUUUAUAUAUGAUGGAGAAAGAAUAGUAGGCUCUGUUGAUAGAAGGGCUAGAAAUAUUUUUGCUGGAAGCGGAAUUGAGACGCGUCCACAUCCUGUGGGUAUAGGAACUUGCAACGGAAAAGACGGGUUUAAAGGAUUACUUGAUGAUGUAUCCAUUUACGAGGAAUGUAUUCCCGAUGAUAUGUAUGGAAUAUUUAUGUCAGUAUUGGAGUAAUAAAGACAAAGACAUUACAAAAACAGAUCAGGGAAUUACCAUAAAAUCAGACAUUUCAUUUUUUUAAUUAAUAAAUUCGCUUUUACAGUAAUUGUUAACACAUGAUGUCUGGUAUAAACGGGUUUCCGUGGAUUUAAACAGAACUAAAGAAAAAGUACACAUCGUUUGAAGGAAUACUGAAAUUAGAAUAUCUCGAUUGGCAGAGCUUUUCGAAAUCCACAAAUUUCUUUCUUUUAAAAAUGUGGUUAAAAGUAUUAUUUUUUUAAUGGAAUAUUUUUAGGUUUAAAAAGCACAAUUUCAUAUUGACUGUUAUAUUGAUUGGUUUAAAAUUGUGAUAAGCAUGAAGCUGUCUAUGUUAUAGGACAGUUUUCUUACGAGUAAGGUAUACCAAUAUCAGAAAGUUCGUUUUUGCGAUGAACAGAAACGCUGACCCUUUUUUUAAAUCAUAAUUAUUUAAGUUAAUUAUUAUUUCGUCUUUAACUCAUUCACAAGGUUAAAAUUAUUACACGUAACAUUUCAUCAACUCUAAUAUAUCUAUACUUAGCCCGUUGGCAGCAAUAGAUUCUACCCAUACGUUCACUGUACACCAAGAUCAGCCGACACAUUCAUGCGAGCUUAUUAUGAACUACACUGUUUGCUAUUCUGUCAGAUAUAAUAAUAAAUUUUGUUUCGAUGGACAAGUCUAUUUAAGAAAUUAAGAGAAAUGAAUUUAUGUCCGAACUUCUUCAAUUUACAUUGAGAGUUUCACAAGUUUAAAUAAAAUGUAAUGAACAUUUUCAGUAAAAUAAGAUUAAUUAAAGAUAUAAUUUUACAAUUGAUGGUUCAAAUCGUCAGGAUAUAAUGACUUUUAUUGUAAAUUAGCCCGAUUUGAAUCUGUCGUAUUUGAACGUUCUGUCAUUCCAUCAUAACGUGGAUCGAUAAUAAUCAUUGUAAACUUUUUACAUAUCAUCCAACAAAUAUCAUCCGUUUAAUCUGAGCGUAUGAUAUCUUAUUGCUUCGCUGCUUAGUUUACGAUACAGUUAGUGUCAUAUUGGUAUAUCCUGUUGAUAUAAUUUCUUCAAUCAUGUAUUCAUUUGGCCAGUAAAGUAUUUAUAUUUGUCGCUAUGAUGGUUUACGUCUUUUCUUCACUUAAUGUAUUAAAGCAGUGCAUUUUAAAAAUUCCUACGAUAAUAUCUGUUAAACAUAAAUGCAAGUUUGUAUUUUUUGUUCCUUUACCUAUAUUUUGAGACAUGUUUUAUCUUAAUUUCAUCUUCACUCAAACCAUUAACAUUAAACUUUAUUCUGACGUAACGUGACAUUUUAACUACAAAUGCAUAUCUUAAUGUUCAGUUUGUAACGUCUGAUUUGUAUGUAUAUAGGUUGUAUUUUAAUAAUGUACAGGAGUAGUGUGUGUAUGUAUAUAUAAUUAUCAUUAACGUUAUAAAGUAUUUAUUUGUGAAUUAUUGUUUAAUAUUAUGUUUAAAGUGUGCUAAUGUGGUUGGGCGUGUGCUGACAGGCCGUUUGUAAGGCGACACUUAAAAAGAUAACUUGCGGAUGUUUUUGUUUCUUAUUUUUAUUUUCACUAAAAGAGAUUAUUUAACGUCAACUAUAUUUAAUUCCGCAUUUAUGCUCACACUUAUAUACUAAAAAUAAAAUUUUCGACAAUAUAUCAAUGUCAUAAUUAUUUCAGAUUAGUAAAAAUUGUUUUUGUUAUUGUUGUUUCUGAAUAAACUGAGCUUGAUACCUAACAGAAAGAUGACACGUAAGGUAUCAUUAUUUUAACAAAUAAGUGAUAUCCGUAAAAAUGUAAUUAUUUUGAAAUUUCACUGCUGUGCGGUGUCUUCAGGAUGUUAUAUAUUGAACAAUAAACUGUACCAACACUAUAACAUUAUGUUUUUU